GUGGGGUUGCACUCUGACAUGAAAACAAACAACACAUCCUGUUCAGAUGGAGAUUAAGACAGAUGGAGAAAGCAGUCUCCAAAAUCAAAGAAUCAAAGUUGUGAAGCCAACAAGAGAAGAAGAGAACACUCCUGUGAAAUCACAAUUAAUAUUAUGACUUCAUAACCAUGUAUCCAAUGAUUCCAAUCCAUGGAACCUUUAUCAAAAAGUUUUCACCACUUUAGGCUUCUCAUUAUCGCAAGGGACUCCGGUUCCUCAGCUUCCUGAGUGAUGUUCAUCUGUAUUAAACACGGAGACAAUGAGCAGUUUCUGGCCAACACCAACUGCCCUGUGGUUCUCCUGCUGCAGUACAUGAGAGUUAAGAUGGGCCUGCCGGAGACAGAGCUGGUGGAUCUGUGUGAUGACCGUGGGGCUCUGAAGCUUCUCUUUCUGUCCCAGCAGCCUCAGGAGUGUGCCAGCCGACUACUUCCUCCCCGCUGCUCCCUCACAUUCUGCAUUGUUAAUCGAAAUCCAAAGGAUGGUGCCUAUGUUUCCAUUACCCCCUUAGUGGUCAACCCAGACCCUGCACUUCUAGAGACCCUACAGACUCAGACUGACAGCCUGGAGAGGGCUCGUCUCAGACAGCUCCGCUCUCAGGAGGACCGCAGAGCCACAGAGGCGCCCUCUCAGACCCAACCCACACAGACUAAGGGCCGGGGCCGUGCCGUACAUAUGGACACCCCUGAUGACGAAGCCUCCAAUCGCCGGACUGGAGGCAGGAGGAGCAGGAACUGAGAGAACCUAUCAAUUUUAUAAUCAUUUAUGUGCAUAUAAAUGUGGAAAUAUAAUA